AUGUCGAUUUCGCUUGACGCAUUGGCCAUGAUGGGAGCUGAUUAUCUCAAAGAUGGAAUGAGCAUGGAAGAAUUUGAAAAACAUGAAGCACAAGUGCCUCCUUAUUUGUUAGCUGAUCAUGAAGAAGAGGAAGAUGAAAAUCUCUUCUCAACGAAGAAAAAUAUCCAUCAUGACAUUCUUCCCACAAAAAAACAAUAUGAGUAUUCUUUUUGUUCUCAAGAGUUUCAUAGAUGUGAAAAUGAUGAAGGGGACCAAAAGAAGCCUCUAUUAAUUAGAAACAACAUUUUGGGGGAAUUCUUGAAAAAGAAGGAUAUAGGAAGUUUUCUUGAGACUAGUAGGAAUAGUCAUUGUAUAAUGUCGUUGUAA